AUGGCCCGCCGUCCCGCGAGAUGUUACCGCUACUGCAAGAACAAGCCCUACCCUAAGUCCCGGUUCAACCGUGGUGUUCCCGACCCCAAGAUUCGUAUCUUCGAUCUGGGACGUAAGAAGGCCAGCGUCGAUGACUUCCCCCUCUGCGUUCACCUCGUCUCCAACGAGUACGAGCAGCUGUCCUCCGAGGCCCUCGAAGCCGCCCGUAUCUGUGCCAACAAGUACCUCGUCAAGACCGGUGGUAAGGAAGGUUUCCACCUCCGUGUCCGUGUGCACCCCUUCCACGUCGUCCGUAUCAACAAGAUGUUGUCCUGUGCCGGAGCCGAUCGUCUCCAGACUGGUAUGCGUGGUGCCUUCGGUAAGCCCCAGGGUGUUGUCGCCCGUGUGAACAUCGGCCAGAUCAUUCUGUCCGUCCGCACCCGUGACGCCAACCGUGCCGCUGCCAUCGAGGCUCUCCGCCGCUCCAUGUACAAGUUCCCCGGUCGCCAAAAGAUCGUCGUCUCCAAGAACUGGGGUUUCACCCCCGUCCGCCGUGAGGACUACGUCCAGCUCCGCCAGGAGGGCAAGCUCAAGCAGGACGGUGCCUACGUCCAGUUCCUCCGUGGCCACGGUCUCAUUGAGGAGAACAUGAAGCGUUUCCCCGAAGCCUACGAGAACCUUUCUCAGGCUUAG